UGUUGUACGCGGCCUGCCAAACGACGAGGGAGCAGGGGAACCGGAAUCCCCAGGACCUGGCCGGGAUUCCCCAGCAGCCGGUUGCGGAUCCACCAGGCAGUUUGGUCAUGGAAAUGGCGGAUGGGGAUGGAGAGUCGCGGGAGACACUCGAUGCCGCGGGAGCCGGAGCCGGAGCCGGAGUGGAGGGCAGUCGUCCUCCAGGAUCACAUGCAGCCGUUACCGUCAUUCAUUGGACUGUGGUCGACAUCUGCGGCGCACGCAGCUGGGGCUAACUAAACAAUCGCAGGAAGAACGGAAUACAAGACCACCCACAAGGCCGCAGAACCACACCCAUUCCACCCUCAACUCAACCACCCAACCACCCACCACAACCACAAUUGCUAUGAAACCCACUUCGCUGCCCAAGGCAGCGAUGAAUGCGUUUAACGUUUUUUUUUUCGGUGUCACCUACGAAACUUGUUGUAAGCAUAUAUAUAUAUUAUAUACUUAGAGAAAGUUACUUUAAAUACAAAACAUGUUACUGAA